AAAUAAUGUACUCCUUAUGUGCUAUGUAAUGGCCAUCCUUCCCUCUCCCCCUUCCCCACUGCAGUGACACGACAACCUGCACUGAAGGCCGCCAGAGCCGCCUGCUGCUUGGCAGGUAUAUAUGGCGCCGCCAGCCCAGGGAGGCAAGUCACUUUGGCGACUCAGUCAGCAGUGAGCAGCAUGACAGUCCUCCCAAUCGCCCUCGGCGUCAGCCUCCUGCUGGCCUCCUGCAGCGCCGGCAUCAUCUACGGCGGGCACGGCGGCGGCGGACAUGUCGGAGGAGUCUCCACCAGGGUGGUUGUGUCUGGCGGACACGGAGGCGGCGGCGGCGGCGGCGGCGGCGGCGGAGGUUACGGUGGUGGCGGAUUCGGUGGUGGAUUCAUUGGCGGCGGUGGCGGCGGCGGCUACGGUGGUGGAUUCGGUGGUGGACUCGGCGGCGGAUUCGGCGGCGGCUAUGGCGGCGGCUAUGGCGGCGGCGGUCUUGGUGGAGGACGCAUUGGUGGAGUCACGAGGGUGGUUCACGUCUCUGGAGGCUACGGCGGCGGUGGCAUUGGCGGUGGCUUCGUCGGCGGCCACGGCGGCGGCGGCGGCGGCGGCGGCGGAGGCGGCGGCGGAGGAGGAUACUACGGCUACGGCAAAUAAGACUCCCAGGCUCCUUCAGCGACAACGCACUCGUGUCUUGAAAGACCUCGACCACCUGUACAUAACACACUGUUCCUCCUCCUCCUCCUCAGACAGGCACGUCACACCUGCACCACCUGAGCGCCGCGCUCAUGUGUGGUGUCGGGGACCAGGUGUGCGUCCAAAACUUACGCCGGAGAAACUACGCUGUUGGUAAAACUACAAUAAAAUACUUGCAACUUCCA